GAAAGUUCAAAGUCUGCAUUUUUACCACAGCCAACGUGCCAAUGAACUGCAGAAAGUCAAUAUACAAAAUCUAGGGCAAACCCAACUUCACUUUUCUUCUUGAUUCCAAUCUGAGAGACAGAUCCUUCCAAUUUUCCAGUUUUGGGUUCACUCGCGUUGCCUUAUCCCCUCCGAUUCGAGCUUUUUUCCCAUCAAAACCAGCCCGGAGGAGAGAUUUCGAUUGCUGUGGUAUUUUAUUUGUGUUUUGUUCAUCUUCCUUCGCUCCUUUCCUCUCCGCUUUGACGAUUUCUGGAUGCGAUCAUCUGCCACUGAUUGACUCGAGGCUCCAUUUCGGGGGUUCUUGAGGGCUAAUCUGUAACACAUAGGACACUUCGAAAAUCUGAACUCAGACCAUCAAAUGGGACUUUGCUCUAGUAAGCCUGAAACCAGAGAUGAUGAGCCUGAAAAUCAUGUUGAGUUUUCUGCUGGGAAUGUGCAUCUCGUCACGACCAAAGAAGCUUGGGACGAAAAGUUGGCAGAAGCUAGUAGGGGUGGCAAAAUUGUGGUUGCGAACUUCAGUGCAACAUGGUGUGGUCCUUGCAAGAUGAUUGCCCCAUUCUACAGCGAAUUGUCGGAGAAAUACCCGUCUUUGAUGUUCCUAGUGGUUGAUGUUGAUGAACUAACUGACUUUAGCACUUCUUGGGAUAUCAAAGCCACUCCUACCUUUUUCUUCCUGAAAGAAGGGCAGCAAAUCGACAAGCUCGUCGGAGCGAAUAAACCUGAACUACAGCGGAAAAUUACUGCAAUGGCAGAUUCUGUGGCGCACGAUCAUCGGAUAUGACUUCUGGUAAAUAUCAUUUUGAAGCCCUUUUGAGUAGCUUCUUUCUGUAUUGUGGAUGUAUGAUUUUCUCUGUAUAAUGCUUCCCUUUUUCAAGUGUAGACAUGUGAGGUUGACUGAGUAUGAGUAAUAUUUAUUCUGAAAUUAUUGAGACUUCUUCAAGCUUGAGAUUUU